CCAAAAUAUUGGCUAGUUAUAGGCGUGUGGUGGUUUGCAUUUUAUUUGUUGACUCCAAAUGUUCGGGUAAGCCUGCUGGGUGAAGAUAAAGAAGUUUGACGUUUGCUUGCGCGUAGUUUUGGUAAGAUAAGGAGUCAAUGUAAAUCGUUGCACAGGCAGCAGUUUGAAGUUCUAACUAAAGCUGCCUGGAGUUCAUGACCUGGUCCCUUCAGCACCCAGUUGAAGGUUAUUAAGUCAGAGACUGAGCCAAAUCACACAGUACAAUCAGGAUGUCAUCUACAGAGGAGAACUCCUAUUCCCCCUGUCCUGACAUGCAUUUUAUUGGAAAGAAAGCAGAUAUUGUUCAGGCUGGCCGUGUGAUGAAGCGGGUGGAUGGAUCCAGAGAUGUGCUUGUGGUGUACCACAAGGGGGAGCUUUAUGCAUUGGACCUGCGUUGCUACCAUGCUGGUGGUCUAUUACAGAAUGGAGAUAUAGAGGAGUUCAAUGGACGGCUGUGCAUUGUUUGUCCAUGGCACAAAUACAAGAUCACACUGGCAGAAGGUGAAGGACUUUAUCAAGCUGUGGACAAUCCUAUGACCAGACCACUGAAGACUCAGUGGCGCUCCAAGGGAGUCAAGCAAAGGAUUCAUAAAGUCACUGAAGUUAGCGGGGAUGUUUAUGUUACCCUGAAUGAUUCCCGCGAGGCCAUCGAGUCAGAUGUCUACCAGACUGAGAAAUACAGAACUGUUUCAAUCGAUGCACUGCCGAAACCCAAACAGCAGGCAUAGGAAAAAGACAAACAUUUAUUAAACGUUCUGUUUUAUUCUGAUGUUAUGUCAAUAUUUUCUCAUUUUACUUCUAUCUAAUUAUUCUUUGAAAUUUCACGGUGUUCAAACAAAGGAGAAACAAAAACCUUUCAGAAAAUUGAUCAAAUUUGCUUCAGAAUGAAAACAAAUGAUUUUGAAUCAUUACAAUCAAACCCAAUGAUGCCUUCUUAAAAAGUUUAAUCUGUUAAUCCUAAGGUAUUUCUCUUGAAUAUGUAGAACAAACAAGGAUAUUUUACUAAUUACAAUUUACACAGUUUCUUAACAUAUUCCAGUUUUAUUUUUCUUCCUUAAGCUUUUACUUGAAUACAGAAACCAUAAACAUGCUAAUUAGAAGAGAUAUGUUCAAAUGACAAACAGAUCUUACAUCUAUGUAAUAUGGACAGCUUGCCAACAAUUGUUCCACAAAAUGUAAUGUAGAAGUACAAAUGAUAUUUUGACAAUGUUCUUACCUCUUGUGUCAGUACAAACUGAUAAUUUUGUACAACAACCUUAAUUUUAAUUUGUUUAAUAUGUCUUUGCUUCUGUAAAAAAUAAGCAAAAUUUUUAUUGGACUACAUUUUGUUGUACUUACUGCAUGCUUUCACCUCAGAGAUAUUUCCUUCAGUUUGUGUAUUAUAACAUUUACUUCCACUCCAACAUUGCUCACCUAAGUUGUGUUUGGAAAACUGUAUUUGUACUGAAAGACAUCCUAAAUACUCUCAGCUGUUUACAUUAUGGACUUCUGUGAAUGUAUGAAAAUCAAGUUUAAUGAAAUGCAUUUUGUACUUUGAUCUCAGGAGGUUUUUCAUUAUCUUAGUCAAGGGCAAAAGGAGAGAAGCAGAUAAGCACAAUUAAAAUGGUGACUAACCUUUCUGGUAAAUGAGAAAAUAGAGUUUUUAUGCCUGCAAAGGUCUAUAUUUGUAAUAAACUAUCUCCUUAAAAGGUGGAUUCAUUUAGCAAUUUACCAAAAUGUGGGUCCUGUUUGUGUGUUUAAAUUACUUAUUAAAGGUAACUGAGUUUUGCUUUUUUUUUCCUAAUGCACAUUUUGCCAAACACAUAAAUGACUCUUUAACCACUGAUUUUUCAGAAGUUUGGAUAAUUUGUUUUUAUCACAAAAAAUUAUUGCUGAUAUUUCUUCUGUUUUAAUUUUGCACUUACUGUACAGUUUCUUAUUUCUAUUUAUUUAUUUAUGUUUUACACCUUUGUGAACCUGCAUGCUUUCAUUAGCCUGUCAUUUUUCUGCCAGUACACCUAGAUUUUCUCACUUUCAAUAAAGGACAUACUCUUUUGUUCUA